ACGGCGCUAUAGAGAUUUUUACUCAUUCCUGAGAACUUGAGUCCCAUGCCGUACAAAGGGGAGUUAUCCCGGGGUCUCUAACCUUCACGUUCAAUCGCCAUGACGCAGACUGCUCAACAGCGUCGAAUUUUUGUGUUUUCUCAUGCUCGAACAUGCUCCCACUUAUUUAUCCGCCUCCUAGAAAGCCAUCCUGCUUUAGGAGUCAACCUGUACCCGUUCGUGGUAAAGGGUAACAUUUUUGGGUGUUCAUGUCUUCCUGAUGUCGGAGAUGACAGGGUGCAAUGCUAUGGGGGCCUGAAAGCCCAAGUAGGAGGAUAGCAGGGAUUAAAACUCCAAUGAUGGACGGGUUGAGGGCGAAGCACUCUGACGCCACAUUCCAAUCCCAGCUUGAAGAGUUUGAAUGCGCGAUCGCUGAGAUAGAAUCUCAGGGAAAGACGCUCGUUGUCAAAGAGCACUCAUACCAUAUGAUGUAUCCACACGUAACGCUGGACGGCGUCGAGCCUGAAGAGAGACCAAUUGCACCUUUUGUAGAUAAACAACUGGAUCUCCCCGAGGCUGAGAGAGAGAGUAGGGCCGCGGUAGCGCCAUUCUUCCCCAUCCCAAACCCAACAUUCCUUCCAGACCGCCUAUUUGCCACAUUCACCCCCAUUCUGACCAUUCGCCACCCAUGCCGCAUGAUUCCCUCUCUCAAACGAUCGUUGGAAACCAUCGGAGCCCGGUUCCCCGACGAGGAUAGCUCCAUGGAUACACAUUAUAAGUGGCAGCGAAUGGUGUACGACUGCUACAAGGCCUGGUUUUCUACCCCGGAGGGAAUUGAGGCAGCAGGAGGUGCCUCGAUUGCAAAACACCUGCCCAUCGUCAUCGACGGGGAUAAACUCAUAAAUGACCCACAGGGGCAGAUGGAGACUUUGUGUCGGAUUUUAGGACUGGACCCACUUAGGAUUCAGUAUUCAUGGAAAGCUCGGCAAGUUGUGCACGACGCAUUCGGUGAGACCCUCAGCAACUCAACUGGGGUCAUUAAAGGCAAAGACGGGAGCGAUAAAACUGUAGUAUUAGAAGAGGAGAUGAGGAAGUGGACGGAAGAGUUGGGGGAGGAAACGGCGGACGGUCUGAUAUUCUUGGUGAACAGGACGAUGGAAGACUAUGCAUACUUGUUUGAGCGUAGCAUCUGACGCGCUGUAGAGGACUCAUCAGAGACACAACACUCUGAAUGCUUCACGCUAACCCAGCUGCAAAAGUCAGCUUCGAGAUGUUAAGUAGAAUAUUCCAAGAAUAUUCUGAACUUCUUUACGACAG